UAACUUGCGGCCGACGUGUAGCGCAUAGUGGCUCGCUGGGCCUUUGUUCCCUUGUGCAACUCCCUUCACGACACAUCCUCCUUGCUGAAGUUUUGCAUCAUGGCGAGCUCUGCUCCUCGCCUGGUCCGCCUGGGUGCGCUACUGGCUCGCCAGGGAGCGCCCGCGACGUCGCUGCUCUCGGCUCAGGGCCAGGCCGUGCGCGCUUUCUCCGAGAAGGCAGCAGCCGAGGCACCUGCUGCCGCGGCCGCCGCGGCGUCGAAGGAUGAGGCCAAGAGCAAGAUUCGGGGCUUCCAGGCUCUGCUGUUCGGCGGCCUGGGCGCGGGCUUCCUGUACGGCUACUCACUGUUCACCAGCAAGGUGCCGGAGAGCGGGCCGCUGGCAGGGCCGCCCGCGCUGGUGACCAGCAAGCCCUCCACGCCCGGCGACUACGCGGCUGUGCGGCAGUCCAUUGCGGCCCUGCUGGACGACGGCGACUACGACGACGGCAGCUACGGCCCCGUGCUGGUGCGGCUGGCCUGGCACGCCUCCGGCACCUACGCCAAGAAGGACGGCAGCGGCGGCAGCAACGGGGCCACCAUGCGCUUUGCUCCCGAGUGCGAGUGGGGCGCCAACGCGGGUCUGGCGGUGGCUCGCAAGCUGCUGGAGCCCGUCAAGGCCGCGCACCCCUGGAUCAGCUACGCCGACCUGUGGACGCUGGCGGGCGUGGUGGCCAUCGAGGAGAUGGGCGGCCCCACCAUCCCCUGGCGCGCCGGCCGCUCCGACGCGCCCGACGGCUCCAAGAUCGUGCCGGACGGCCGCCUGCCGGACGCCAAACAGGGCGCCAAGCACCUGCGCGAGGUGUUUGGCCGCAUGGGCUUUGACGACAAGGACAUUGUGGCGCUCAGCGGCGCACACACGCUGGGCCGCUGCCACACAGACCGCAGCGGCUUCAGCGGCCCCUGGACCAACGCGCCGACCACCUUCUCCAACCUGUACUUCCAGGAGCUGCUCAACAACAAGUGGGUUGUCAAGAAGUGGGACGGGCCGCUGCAGUACGAGGACACCAAGAGCCAGAGCCUGAUGAUGCUGCCCUCUGACCUGGCGCUGCUCAGCGACCGCAGCUUCAAGAAGUACGUGACCCAGUACGCCAAGGAUGAGGAGGCGUUCUUCAAGGACUUUGCGGUGGCGUUCUCUAAGCUGCUGGAGCUGGGCGUGCCCUUCCCCGCCAAGAGCGCGUGAGGGGGCGCGGCGGGAGCAGGGCCAGGCCCGGGCGGCGCUGUGGGUAGAGGAGCUGCAGCUGCGUGCGUUGCAGCAGUACGGUAGUUGCGGUACGGCUGAACCAUGCCAGGGAGGAUGCGGGGUGAUGCGAACUUGCGAAGUGAGCGCAGUGUGGGAAUCUGGGAGGCAAUUUGUUGCGUGCGUUUAGGUGUGGGUACUGUGCCGUUGAUGGGUCUGAGACCGGUUGCAAUGGCUGUUUGCGCGAUGUACGUGGAUUGCGAGAAGCCCCGGUGACUACGCAAUGACAGGCCUGCGUGCGGACUGUGCGUCGAGGUUGUCGUGACUAGAGUUUGAUGGUGACGCGAAUGUAGAUGAAAGGGCAGGCGUGGAUCAUCGUGUUCAUCAAGUCAUGAAAUGAUAAGGUUUCGUGCUAGCUGUGUCCUUCAAUCUUGGAACACUGCCACUCUGUACAUGAAGCUGCAACCUGGGCUGUGCACCAAGGUAACGGAUUCGCACCGGGUCACGCACGGCCUUCAGCGCCAACCGGCCACGGCAGGGCCUGCAGACAUGGGACCAAACUUGCAACUCUUUAAUUUCAAACGUCCACAACAAU